AUGUCGUUGCGCAAGAGCCUCUGCUGUUUUGUACCGGCCAGAAAGAAAUCCUACCAGGGGCAUCUCUAUCAGAAGGUGGAUCAGAAUAUGUUGGCGCGAAUCGACGAGAAUUACCCGAGGAAGAAGGGUUGCCGGAAUGAGGACAGCCAUCGGAUCGAUCACUAUGGAGAUGAGAUUGGGAGGGCUUCUCGACACGGUACGAUGGGCCGUUCCAAUUCCGGGAAGAGCCAUUCAUUCCAUCGGGCGGAAGAGAGACCUUCUCCGGAAGACAAAGCCCCUCAGAUCAUUUCUACCUCAUCGGAAGCUCUUCUGGAGAUUGAUGACGUUGGCUAUGCCAAGAUUCUGAAGCCCCCCAAGACACCAAAGCUCCCUCCGAAGAAGACAGAGGUUUGCAAUUUUGUAAUUAAUCAGAAACUAGUCUGGCGCCAAGUUCCAUCGUUAUAAAGUACAAGUUCGUUCAGCUGAAGGACUCUCAUCCGACCUAAUUCAGAAAAAAGCGGUCACUUCUCUUUAAAAGCUUUUGUAUUUAUUGUGAAUUCGUUUAGAAAAGUGGUCAUUCUGUCAAAUUAAGACACGUUCUAGAAUAUUCUUACAACCGGGUCUAUUCAGUUGAAACGCAAUCAAACUUUUUACACCUUUCCUGUAAAAACUCUGCAGGAGUUAUAACGACCUUGAAUAACCGAGAGAUGCAGGGCUAGUCAGUUGGGUCAUCAGGAACAGUAGGAGGGUUAUUAAGCGAGUGUUUUCCCUCGGAGCAAGGGUUUGUUUGAAUUAAACGACCUGAAAUGAUCGUUCACAAAUCGUUUAAUAGUUGAGGGAAGGCCGCGCGACUUAUUCCACCGGUCCCCGCAAUUUGCUAUUCAAUGGCCGAAAGCGAAAACUUGGGCCAUGAAAAUUGCAUGGAAAGCUUUUGUCCUCACAGCCGGAGAUUUCUGUCAUUGCGGUUAGGUUUCGGAAAAUAAAAGGACGGCCUGAGGGGCCGCUUCUGUUUUAUAUUCGGCCGACAACCUGUUGACUUCCAACGUUUACACCGCUCUCGAAAUGAGUCAAACUCUGGAGGUACGAUCGAUUGAGGCGCGUGGUGUAAUGUGUGAUGACUAGAGCGAUUUAAGGCUCUUUUAUGGGUCUCCUAAUAUUGUGGGAGCGACCGGCGGCGAAGAACGGAGGAAGGGAGUGGUGUGAGGUUAGAUUAGAGCGCGAAUUUAUUAUCAAAACGUCCGCUUUUAACACCUCCAUCUUCCUCAUCCAAUUCCAAACAACUUCUUACCUAAACUUUUCGGCUGGCGUCCGUAAUUCGAGGGUUUUAAGCCUUGCGUAGCACCUACGAAUUCGCCCGUUCCUUAUCGUUAAUCGAUUUCCGAAAAGCGACCUUUCCACAACCACAUCGUCAAGUCUUAAUUAGGCGUCGAGCCCACCUCUUCCGCUCCCCCGAAGUAUCAUUGACACGCUUAUCAGUUCUGAUCGUUGAGAUUGAGAAGUGAUUGCGGCGUCAUUGCGCAAGUCAUAUUUAACUGAGCCCUUCCUUUGCUAUUGAUUUACAAUUAAAAUUAUCGGUUUUAGAGCGCAGAAGAAGACAUGGCAAUGAUCGCAAGAGUGAAGCCGUAUCAACAAACAAAGCCGAGGGAUGAGAAUCCGAAUCCAAACUCGCACUACCAAUUCGAAGAUGUCACGGAUGAUCCGAAGGUACGGUAUAUUUUACGAAUUUCCUGGGAACUGUUGUUCUUUCCAACUUGUGUAUCCCUUCUUUCUUACGGUAGGAGAUUUUCUCCUAUUUUGAAACGUCGAAAAGUAAAGAGAGCAAGCACCUUCAGGGGGCUUUUCAAGUGACAAUUAUCUUAUAAUUGCAUCUCCAUUCAACCUUUUCCAGUAUCAAGAGCCCAAAUUGCCGGAUCUGGAAGGCGCUCUGGUCGAAUACUGUCGGAUCGAUAAGAACAAGCAGAAGCCACAGCCUCAGAUCCUCCAAUCUCACACGGUCGUCAGUGCCAGGGCCCCCAGUGAGGUCAGUUUUAAUCUAAUUUUAACUCUUAAAAGUUUUAAGUUACAAGUAUUUACAAUUAGCUUUCGAUUUCGUUCUAUUUAGGACUCCUUAGUAUUCUUUCAGAAGUGUCUUUCAUAGCCUCGGGGUUUUAGGAAUUGCGUGCUGAGAAAGGGGCGGCGUCGAGAUUAGUGGUCAAUUGGCCACUAAUGGCCAUGUUUUGGGGCUGGAUCGUAUUAGAAAUAACAUUUAUUGAAGUUGCAUUCUUUAUAGGAGGAGGGCAUCAUGGUACAUAAAACCCUUAUAUUUAUUCUAUCAUCUCUGCAAAAGUCGAAUAUCCGUAAAUUCAAUUGAAACCAUGUUUGAAAGCAUUUUGCGUGAUUGGGACUGAUCCUUAAGACCGAAACUCAAUUAUAAUAAUCAAGUUUAGGGAGUGUAAAAAGUGAGGAUUUGUCAGCAAAGACUGAAAAUCAUGAGAAGGCUCUGUUUGUCAUAAAAAUUGUCAUUGUGACCCCCUCCGCCCGUUAAUCUCAACAGUAAAUUUCCCGCCAAACCACAAUUGUUUACUGAGCAAGGCUUUCGCUCUAAGCCGAACGACUUAUUGAAACUUUUGUGGAAGAUGCCCUAAGGCUAUAAUCGGAGGCCAAGGGCAUUUUCUGAAAGGAAGGGAGAAGAACCGGAAACCGACACUUCUCUUCAGAACUCUUUCCUCUGAGAUUCCAUCGUUCCCGAAAAGAUUCGGCCUCGGUUUCUGCGGGCCUUUCCCCGCCUUAGAAAGCCUUCCAAUCCGGGGCUUUGUUGUUCUAAAUGGUCCGGCCUGACUUUUCGAAUCUGCGGCGGAUCCGGCUUCGUGUAUCUUGGGCCACGUUGUCCCAUCACUUUGGGGCCGUUCGACGGACUCAUCAAACGGACUGAUGACGCUUCCGGCGAGCGGCGAAUCCCUUUGGAUCCGGGGCCAGGAGUUGUAAGCCAAAGGGAUUGAGGGAUGAGCCACUAAUUGUAAAAGGAAGUGACGUCAUUACACUUAACAUGUUUAACGAUCUUUUCGGCUUGUUUAAAUUUUUUUCUUUUUUAUUCAAAAUGAUUGAGAAUCCCCAUCUUUUGGAAAGUGUAAACUCAUCUCCACGCCUGGCUCCUUGUUUAGACAAAGCUUUGAAAUCAAAAAUUCCGAGUUUUUUGUUUUCAGAAGCCACUUAUCGUUUGUCUUCUGUCAGAGGAUGGUAAUUCCAUUCAUGGUUCCAAAUGGUGUUCGUUUAUUUUCGGCGUUUUGUAUUUUUUGCUUUUGUGGAUAUAAAAGGGAACGGAUUUGGUUUACAAUUGUCAUAAACUUUAGGGACUGUAUGCAGUAAGCAGAUGGGAGCCCUAUUUUCCCUCAAAACAAUAGAGUUGCUUUCCAAAAGCUUUAUACGCCAAUCUAAAAAAUUUAAAUUAGAACCUCUAAGGUGACAGAUCUCCUCGCAUUAAUUUUUUACACCUUCAGGGCCUUGCCUUUCUCACAGCGCUGGCUUUUAUUUUUAGCUUAAAUAAUGAAAAGUUUUAAACCCAAACUCAUUCCAACCGUUGGGGCAAUUCCCUGAGGGCACAACUUGUUGAAGGGAAACGAGUGCGCAGUUGAGCGUUAUGACCGAGAACAGCCGGAUUUGGGCCAGAAAGUACCCCCCGAACCUGUUUAUUUGGCCGUAAUUGGAGAGCCGCGAUCGUUUGGAACUCUUAUUUUUUAUGAAAGGGGUACUGUAACGAGUGAUAGACUGGGUCCUGUCAGUUCUUUUUUUGUUUUGUCCUUAUUUUUACUGACUCGCCGUCUGGUUUACAUCCUUGGACAAAGACAGAAAAAGCAUUGGCCGGUGUCUGCAUUUGUCAUAUUUCGAUAAUUUAUUGUUCAGAAAUGGCCUUUUGUAAACACUCUUAGCAACUCUUCCCGAAGGCUGAUUAUAAAUGUAUAUGAUGUUUAUUCUAUUUUGAAUGAGUUUGUGACCAAGAAAAGAAAACUUUUUUCCUUUGCCCUGAGGUCUUGGAGGUCGAGAGCACGCUGAGAAUGGGGCCACUGUUUAUGGCCCGUUUAUUUGGGUCAGGUCGUGUGGUAUAUGCAAAACAUAUGGAUUAGUUUCUUUGACUGAUGUCCCCGUUCUUCGAGUCCGAUGUCCUCAGGCAUGCGGCUCUGGUGUUUAUAAUCUCGAAACUUUUCUUCUUUUAUUCAUUCUCCUGCAGCAGAUUAAUACAAGUUGGUUUCAGAAUUUUGGUGGAGCUUCGAAAGGUAGGGCGCAGCCUGCUCAAGUGUUCCGGCCUGCUGACCACAGACACAUGGCGCAUAUCAUCGAUGUGGAUGUGGGUCAGCCCUGCUCGAACUCGGCCAAAUGUCAAUGUUACGGGUUCAGGCCGCAUCCCUGGAGGUGAGUCUUUAAAGUUGUGAUGUCUCCUUGUUAUCUGUCUGGGCACCUCUUUUAACGACGGAUGACUAGACGACAGAUGUUAGACAAAGGUUGUUCAUUUCAAAUGGGGGCAUCUUCGUUUGAAAUGAAUCCAGAAACUUUGGGAAGUUUAAUUAGCAACUCGAGUGUUGCGUUUAUGAUAGAUAACGACUUCCCGGCCUCAUGAUCCCCAUUGCCCAUCCUCGAGCUUCCGUGCGAGGCUCCUCGAAUCUCUCCCUCCGGAUUUGAUAUGGGGAUUCGUUGGCAUCGAGAUUGGGUCUGACCCCGUCCGCCCGCCGAGAAGACAAUGGAAUGUUUCCGGUUGAGUAGAACAUGACUUUUGGGGCCGGGAGUGAAUCGGCCCAUCCUUUUAUCGACUCCGCUUUUACUUUUAUUGGUUUAUUCCAGUUGUUAUGUAAUGUUUGUGAUGUGCCGAGUAGAGUCUGUCACUUGUCGAUGCAUCGGAGAUUCGGGAUCCAUCGUUUAAACGAUUCUCAUUAGUUAUUAAUUCGUAUGUUUUUUCAUUACUGUGGUGCUUUAUUAAAAGUUUCCGCAUCGCAUACGGCCUUUCUCGUCUUCUUGCGCCUCUACCAAUUUUUCUAAUUUACAAUGAGAUGAGAAACGAAUGCACAAGACAUAUUGUUAUAUAACAUUUCUUCCCGUAUUUGUGUGCUCCGGAUUUCCUUUUUAUAUGAAACGUUAAUGUCAUGGUAUCUUCGCAACAUGCCAUUCAUUGUUACGGUGGUCAUCCUUCAAGCCCUCGGCCGAAACCAUAAGUUGUUGGCGGCGCGGUCUCUCAUAUAUCAUGCCGUUAUUUGAUUAUGCGCCUUUUCCGCAGUUUUCAGAAUCUCGGAAGCUGGCAUGGACCUUGAUGAGCUCUGAGGCGCUAAACAGUUUCUUUUUUUUGCAAAAGAGCUGAGAAGCCGGCGGGCGCUGGCCCUUUGUGUGUACGGACACAACGCUCCGCCCAUUUCUGCUUUCCGUUGGCGCCUUAGGGCGGUUGGUUAAAGAGGGGUUUAUCUGACUGGCUGUUAGUUGGAAUAUCGAGGUUGAGGCCGCUUAUUUUUCCUAUCCCUCCAAGUUUGACCGCCUGGACAGUCCCCGGGGCCGGUCGGGAUCCACGCCCUUCAACCCGGACUCGGUAGCGGGAAGACACUGAAAGAAGACGAAUUCAUAGCCAGAUUCUCGGUCAAAACACGAAUCCCGAAGCCUCGCGACCACUGCCCGCCGGUCCGCCAGGAGCCCGAAAUCGGGGGUCACUUUCUUCAGAAGGCAAAAACAAGACCGUGAUCCCUUCGGACGUUCUCCUGGCCUCUGGGUGUUGAGUCGUGGCGCCGGGAAAAUUCCUCCGCCGACUCUUCCGAGCCCCAAAGGAAGGGGCUCCGCGACAGCACGAUGAGGUCAAGGCCGCGCCACAUGCCCCUCAGAGUUCGGCCGGUGGACAUUGUGCCCAUCCCUCGGCCUCGACAUCUGUUCCCUCUACCUCGGGAGAGCGUGUGUCACCCCUGAAAAACGGGGACCUUCGGCUUCCUCUACAUAAUCAUCGACAUCGAGAGUCGAUCCACAUUGAGCAGGCUAGUCCGCCCUCUUCUCGACGUCCCAAUUCUUCGGGCAAGAAACCGAUGGUGCAAUCGGAUGUCGCAAUGUAGGUACGGGUCAUGUCGGGUGGGUAUUGCUUUGAUGGUAGUUCUUUUGAUUGACAACUUGUCAGAGGGAAAUUCCAUUGAGAAUUUAUUUCUUUGGAUUUCCCAGAGCAAUAUAAAAUACGCCGUGUGUGUUCAGGUUGCAUGCUGGUAAUCUUAUCGUUUCGCCGUUAUGUUUUUUAUCGUUUUAUCCUGUUCCAAUAUAACACCAGCGAAAUACGUAACGCAUUCUUCACUUUUAUGUGCAUCCAGUGACUGAAAGUGGAGCUUUCGUAUAUUUUCGUUUGGCCGGAAUUCGUAAAUCGUAACAAGUCUUGCGUAAUAAUCAGGAAGCGAUUUGUACCAUAAAAUUUUCCUGAGGCAGUCGAUGGGUUUGUAUUUUCUUAUGCGUUUUUAUAUCGUUGCCUUAUGGAUUUCCAUUCCAUUUUUAUGGCCCCAGUUGAUUUGGCCGCUUUCGAGCCGAAAUUUGAUCUUCCAAAUUUUAAAAAUAGAAGCUGCGGACUUAUGCGUUCAACACAAAUCCACUCAAGCGAAAGUCUUCUUCAAAUGAAUUUGAUUUGGGGUCCAAGAUUGGGAUGAACAGAGAAACAGAGAUCUUGGAUGGUUAUGAGCUCCGAUAAGGGAUUCAAGGGCAAACAGAAAAAAACCGGAAAAUGAAAGUGAAAGGGGAUGCGCGUCUGAUCCGAAUCUGAAUCUUUGUUUCAUUCCUCAGCGGUCAUCUUGACUGAAUAGACCUUAUUUGUCAUCACCUGAGCGGAUCCGACUCCAUCCGGCGUCUUUGACCGUUGCCUUCUGUUAUAAAUAACAGCUCUAUUCCUCUGUCUGAACGCUUUCCCACGGACUGUGAUGGGCCUUCAGAAGCGCUCAUUCACGUCCUUAUUCCGUCGUAAUAAGCGGUAUUGUUUUUUUUAUCUCUUUGGCCAAGUUGUUUAUCACCUUUUUUUAUCAUUUAUAUGAUUUGUUUUCAGAAAGGUUUGUGUCCAUUGUAAAUGUGACCGAAACGAGCAUGAUGUCGACUCCAAUAAAGUGCUGACCGUCUACGAGCGCCUCGGAAUCAAACCCAAGGAAGGAACACAGGUAAAUUUUGCUUACUAGACUCACUAAACUAAGAUGAUUGGAUGCUGCAAGGCCGAGAUUAUAAAUGGGAUAAGCCCAUUUCUAAUCUCUGACAUACAGCUUUCCUUCCUUCCCAAAAGUUGUAGGUCUAGGCUGAAUUUGUUUCCGCUCGGCUUCCUCUGAAUCUCCACAAAUCUUCAUUCAGAUGCCUCAGAAAAACAACGAGAUUGGAUCGGCGGGGCAUGGGUACACUUGGGUGCCCCCCGGCUUGCCUCGGGCCAAGGUCGAAGAAUACAUGAACAAACUGCCCAACCAUGUGGUACCGCGGGUGAAUUCAGCAGGAGAAAAGUAUCGGGAAAAGCAACUAAUGGUCCAAUUGCCUCGUCAAGACCUCUCUGUAUCUUAUUGUAAGCACCUGAGAACAGCCGUGGAACGGCGGAUUUACGACGAAUUUGUCAACUCCAGGAACGAAGUGGCCCUUGAUAUCGGAUAUGUAAAUGCAGCAGUUUCCGCAACUACGGUAAUCUUUUCUUGACCAGUUGUUUUGAACUGCUUUUAGCCAUUUUUUUGUCGUAAUGAGGUCAUCCCAAAUUCGUUUAGGAAUGUCGCAAGUGCAAAGGAAUUCUGGAGAAGGGCACCAUGGCUGUUAUUUCACCCAAAUUGGGCGACGAUGCUGGCUGGCACCCGGCAUGUUUCUCCUGUGAUACCUGCGAACAGGUACGUUGUUUACGCAUAAUACAUAUUAAAAUUCCGGCAACAAACAUAACUUCAAGCACAAAUUUCUAUUGUUUGAUUGAUGGGGAUUUACAAUGUAGUCAGAGGAAUGGUUUAGUAGAUAUUAUAUGUUCAGAAAAAAUAUUUGGUGGGACACUCUUGGGAUUUAUUUGACAUAAAAAUUUUUAAAUGAAAUACGGUGCAAAAUAAUUUUAUUUUUGUAUUAUAAAAAAAUCGUUUUUACAAUUAAUCUUUGUAUUUUUUCUUGUUAAAACUCAUAGUUUAUACGAUCACAGUAAAAGGGCCGGUACGAAGCUUAAGGCUUUAUAAUACCACUUAAAAUAAAUGGUAUUUUUCAGCUACUGGUGGACCUAACGUAUUGCGCCAGGGAAGACAAGAUUUAUUGUGAAAGACACUAUGCCGAACUCCACAAACCAAGAUGUUCUGCGUGUGAUGAGGUGAGUGAAUAUCCGGGAUGGGGUUGGAUUACAGUAUUGGGCCGGAAAUUGUCCGUCGGGAGGUUUGGACAAACAACCCUGAGUGGGGUCAGGUAGUUUUGUUGGGAGGGGGGAAGGAUGGGAAGCCGGGUUUGGAAGGUUAGAGUGCGAAUUGUAGUCUAGAGAAAGGCUGGUCUGGAAACAACUCGUGUUUCCAACAUGACUUUGAAUUUCGGAUGGCCCGGUUUUAAUAUACUGUAUUUAAAUUUACGGUGAUCAUCAAAGAAUGAUGAUUACUGUAACGGUUCGGAAAAGACUGAAAAAAUAAUUUUUUUGCUGAUUUGCAAAAAAAGCUAUUAUCAGUCUGUCGGGAAAAUAACGGCGGGUCGUCGUGCCUUGGAAUCGCCCGCCCAUCAUCGCUUAGCGACGGCUGCCGCAGCUGGAGAUUUGGUGCACGACUGCACCUUUUUUCGACAAGGCGAAAUAUUUUGCUGCGACGACCCGCCGUUAUUUUCCCGACAGUCUGAUAUCAAAAACUACCCAUUUUUUUAAUUUUUUUAUUUUACAAAGUUUUUUUACAGUACAGUUGUAAAGGGUUCUGCUGCAAUUGUAACUCUCAAAAAGACAUAUCUAUAAUAAGUCGCAGCUCGGCCCCUCGGCUUCCUAUGGAGCCGAUCGCUAGGUAUGCCAUAGCCGCUGUUCCUUUUAUUUCCGGCGUUUUUAUCAACUGUCGGCCAACAGGCGCUCCCCCCUUUCAGGUCCUCGGGCACACUUGGCCAAACAUUUCUAAAGUUUGCGACUGAACUCUCAAAACAUGUUCUCCUCUAAUCAUGCAUAUAUGUGCGCCAUUCGAUUCUUAUUCCUCUUUUGUUUCGCUCGAACCGCGGGCGGCGGGGAUGGAUAUGACCCGAGGGGAUUAAAUCGUCCAGCCACGAUGCGCUGCAGACUCUCCGCUUCCAAAGAGUUUUGCUUCUGGCCAUGCCCAUAAAACGAAGGUCUCGAAUAUUUUAUGGCCGUAUUAGUUGAUCUCAUCACUAUCUUUUGGAUUUAUCUUGUUCACGAGUUCAAUAAGGGGGGUUUCAUUAUGACGAGGACAUGCUCGAACAGCUGAUCUCACCCACUCAUUGUCAUUAAGACCAUUUUCCCCUCUAAUUGUUGGGGUUUCCGUGUUUUAGGUUCAGACCUCCAUCUCUUUUUGAUCUUUUUAUAAUUUCAUUAAAUGUUUUAGUUAAUCUUUGCUGGAGAAUAUACCAAAGCUAUGAACAAAGACUGGCAUUCCGACCACUUCUGUUGCUGGCAGUGUGAUACGACAUUAACCGGACAGAGAUAUAUCCUCAGAGAUGAGCACCCAUACUGUAUCAAGUGCUACGAAGAAGUCUUUGCCAAUACCUGUGAUGAAUGUGGAAAGGCCAUCGGGAUUGAUUCCAAGGUAAGCCCUGUGUUCUUUCUGUCUUGUCUUAUAACGUUUGUCACAGCUGGAGAGUCGUCAAGAACAAAGAAAAUGACAUCUCCGCACAUGGCUAACAACAUUUCGAUGAUUUUGCUAGAUUGUUAUAUCAUCAUAACGACUAGUUUGUUUUAGGAUCUCUCUUACAAGGACAAACACUGGCAUGAAGAAUGUUUCCUCUGCUCGAUGUGUCGUUUCUCCUUAGUGGAUCAGCCGUUCGGCAGUAAGAACGAGAAGAUCUUUUGCUCCAACUGCUACGAUCAAGCAUUUGCUACGCGAUGUGACGGGUGUAAUGAAAUCUUCCGGGCUGGGAUGAAAAAAAUGGAAUAUAAAGGAAAACAAUGGCACGACAAAUGCUUCUGCUGUGCCAUGUGUAAGACACCGAUUGGAACCAGGAGUUUUAUCCCCAAAAACGAUGAGGUCUUUUGCUCCAAUUGCUAUGAAGAAAAGUUCGCAACUCGCUGCUGCAAAUGCAAAAAAGUCAUCAACUCGGGUGGCGUCACAUACAAAAACGAGCCCUGGCAUCGAGAGUGUUUCUGUUGUACAAAUUGUGACACCUCUUUGGCUGGGCAGCGGUUUACGUCAAAGGAUGACAAACCUUAUUGCGCGAACUGUUAUGGAGAACUGUUUGCCAAAAGAUGUAGCGCCUGUGUCAAACCUAUCACUGGUAUGUUUGGGACUUGCUAUCCACUCCUUUGGUCUCUGAAGAAUUUGUUUGAUACCUCUUUGGAUUUCAGGGUCUUCUCAAAACGAAAGACCUUGAGAUAAUUGAAUUCGAAUCAGUUGAGAUCACUAAAUAUUUCAGGGAUCGGCGGCGCUAAAUUCAUUUCCUUCGAAGAUCGGCAUUGGCAUAACGAUUGUUUCAUCUGCGCCCAAUGUACGGCCUCGUUGGUUGGGAAGGGAUUCAUCACUGAUGGAGCAGAUAUCCUUUGUCCGGAGUGUGCCAAGGCCAGACUGAUGGCGGCCAAUGCCUAG